ACCUGUUUCCACAAUUCAUCACAUCACAUCUUCUUCUGAUUCUGCUUGCUCAGAGAGCUAUAUAGCAAAUUGUGAUCAGAAAUUAACAUACAGAAACAAAAUACACCAAAGACACAUAUAGCAGAGAAACUCAAAUUGUUUAGCUUAAUUUCAUUUACUUCAAUGACUGAAAAGAUGCUUGACUCUAUUUAUGGCAAUGAUUUCUUUGAGCUGGUGUGGGAAAAUGGCCAACUAGGUUCAUCAAAUAGAACAACACCAAAGACUCCUAAUAAUUUGUGCAUAGGGUUUUCACAUCAAAGCAAUAUUGGCCAAGGUUCCUCUCAGAUUCAUGAUUUGCAAUUACAAUCACCACAAAGCAAGAGUUCUUGUAAGAAGCCUAUUGAUGAAUUUCGGAACUUAAGACCUAUGAAAGAUUGCACAUACUCCUCACAACAGUGCUUACCUUAUUCUGCUCCACUCAAGAAACCAAGAAUGGAUUCAAGCCUAACACCACUAACAAACUCACAGAAACAGAAUUUUUCCAACUUUUUGAUACCUGAAGUGUUUCUCAAAUCCACUAAUCAUCACAGAAAGAGUGCAACACAGACAACAAGAAUUGCACUUUCACCAAGAGUGAAGGAGAUUGAACAUAGCAAAGUUGAGAAAUCUACUAGUAGCAAAGGUGCUACUGACAAUUCCACAGUGAUUGAAUCAGCUAAAGGAUCACAUGUUCUCACAGGAUUUCGAGGACAAAGAUUUUUAACUACUAACAAAUGGAACACCAAAUCCAUUGUUGAAGGAAGUGCUGCUGCACCACCACCACUUGAUGAACAUUCUGAAGCUGUUAGCCAUAGUAACAGUUCCAAUGGAACUACUCAAUAUGAAGCACUUGCAAAGGGAAAAGCUAAAAAUGAUAACUUGUGCAAUGAACGAGCAAUAGCUUCUUCUUCUGUAUGUUCGAUUGAAGCCUCAUACAACCCAAACUUUGGUAGCAGGAAACAUGAUCAGGACAGUGAUGAUUCUGCAUUUUUAAGUGAUGAUGAUGAGGAAACAGAAGAUUAUACAGUGAAGGAAGUUCAAGCUCGAGACGGUACCAGAAUCAAGAGAAGAAGAAGCGCAGAGAUUCAUAAUUUAUCUGAAAGGAAGCGAAGAGAUAAAAUCAACAAGAAGAUACGGACACUGAAGGAGCUCAUACCCAACUGCAACAAGAUUGAUAAAGCUUCAAUGCUUGACGAUGCCAUUGACUAUCUAAAGACCCUCAAACAUCAGUUACAGAUUAUGUCAAUGGGGAGAGGGCUAUGUAUGCCACUUAUGAUGCCACCACAUUUGCCUCAGUUAAUGGGAGUUGGAAUGGGAGGAAUCCCUUGCAACCCACCACAGUUUUCAAUUCCAUCACUUCCUGGUUUCACAGACAACAGACUUCAGAUGUUUGGUUUCUCCAACCAACAAAUACCAAACAUGUCAAUUCCUAAUACACCUUUCUUCCCUAUCAUUGGAAACUCUUCUUCUACACAACAACCAUUUAUAGCGGCGGCGGAACCAUUGCCUUAUUCUGCACCCUUAACAACUUUGGAGGCCUCAAACCCCAAGAACUGAAAUUUUUAUUCAAAUCAAUUGCUAUGAAAGAAACUUAGAACUAAGAAAGAUAGUCCUAUUAUUUGAUUGUAGAAUAUCAGCAGCAGAUUCUGACAGUUUGUAGUUUGAUGGUUUGAUUUUUAUGUAGUGAUGAAAAAGAUCAAUAGACAAAAACGUGAAAUAAAUUAAUAGUAUCGUGGAUUCUUUAUAUCUUAUGAGUUUAUGCUUCACUUCUAGACCAUGAUAAUAUGACAUGAGCCUUAUGUUCGUGAUCUCAAACUCAAG